AUGGACAUGGGUACCGGAGUAGGUGUCAGAGUAGUUGUAGAACUAGCGGCUGAGCUGGAGAUGAGCCUCGUAGUGUCGGUAGAAGAUGUGCUUAUAAAAGCAGUCGAUGAGGAAGGUUCGGAAGAUGAUAAUGGACUAGAGAAGGCAGAACUCAAACUCGAAGAUACGGUGGGAGGGAAGGCGGUACUGGAUGGCUUCGUAGAGACAUCAGAGCCUAGGGAGCUUGAAGCAGCCACAGAUGGAACAGGAGGAGCGCUUGAGCUGCUGGAUGUAGGCAAACUUGAUAAGCCAGUAGGAGAAGUCGAGGAGGAGGGUAUGGACGACGGUGUGCGGAUGGAUGACGAUAACGGGGAGCUCAUCGACUCCGUGGAUGAACGAAGGCCAGAAGAUGACCUUGACGAGCUGUCCUUGCAACGGCCAAAUCCGGGCUGA